AUGCCCCGCACACCUUGUCUCCAGGGCCGUCUGGUACGGUCCUGUUAUCUACAGCAGCAAUUAAUAAGGAAACCUAUCUCGGCCAGACUUUUCACCUGUUCAACCUCCCCCCUCUCGAGUAGCCGAUCGAGACAAGUACAACCACGGCCAUCAACACAGCAAACCAAUCAUCACCUUUCCUAUACACAAGCUCAACGUCGAAGCUACCUCACAGACAACAUCCGCAAACACCAAGCUCGCAAGAUGGCGCCGCAGCUUGACUCUUUCUUCUCCCAGGUCGACAGCCUGUCGGACGCCUUCAUCGAGCGCCUGCGUGCCGCCGUCGCAAUUCCUUCCGUGUCCUCCGAUGCCGCCCGCCGUCCCGAUGUCGUGCGGAUGGCCCACUUCCUUGUCGACGAGCUCAAGAAGCUCGGCGCCCACGUCGAGACCCGCGAGCUCGGCAAGCAGCCCGACAACCCCUCCCUCGACCUCCCUCCUGUAGUCCUCGGCCGCUACGGCAACGACCCCAACAAGCGUACCAUCUUGGUCUAUGGACACUACGACGUCCAGCCCGCCGAGAUGUCGGAUGGCUGGGCCACGGAGCCUUUUGACCUGACCGUCGGAGAGGACGGCCGCAUGUUUGGCCGUGGUAGCACGGACGACAAGGGUCCCGUCCUCGGUUGGCUCAACGCCAUCGAGGCACACCAGAAGGCCGGCGUCGACUUCCCCGUGAACCUGCUUAUGUGCUUUGAGGGUAUGGAGGAGUACGGCUCCGAGGGUCUUGAUGACCUGAUCGUGGCCGAGGCGCCCAAGUUUUUCAAGGACGCCGAGGCCGUCUGCAUAUCGGACAACUACUGGCUCGGCACCGAGAAGCCCUGCCUGACCUACGGUCUCCGUGGCGUGAACUACUACAGCAUCGAGGUCAGCGGGCCCGGAGCCGACCUUCACUCUGGCGUGUUUGGCGGUACGGCACAGGAGCCAAUGACGGACCUCGUCCGCGUCAUGGGAUCCCUGGUCGACACGGAUGGCAACAUCCAGAUCCCUGGCAUCAUGGAGCAGGUCGCUCCGGUCACCUCGGACGAGGAGUCGCUAUACGACAACAUCUCGUUCACCAUGGACACUCUGUACGAGUCCCUGGGUUCUAAGACGACCAUCUUUGACGACAAGAAGAAGACGCUCAUGCGCCGCUGGAGGUACCCUUCGCUGUCGCUGCACGGUAUCGAGGGUGCCUUCUCCGCCCCCGGCGCCAAGACGGUGAUCCCGGCCAAGGUCAUCGGCAAGUUUUCGAUCCGCACCGUCCCCAACAUGGAGAUCGACCGGACCAACGAAUUUGUGUACAAGUACGUCAAUGAGCAGUUCGCCAAGCUCAACAGCAAGAACACGCUCAAGGUGUACGCCCAGCACUGCGGAAAGUGGUGGGUGGCCAGCCCCAAGCACUGGAACUUUAGCGCCGCCGCCAAGGCUGUCGAGAGGGUAUGGGGUACCGCCCCUGACUUUACCCGUGAGGGUGGAAGCAUUCCCGUCACUCUUACUUUUGAGCAGGCUACUGGCAAGAACGUUCUGCUUUUGCCCAUGGGCAGCUCCACUGAUGGCGCCCACUCAAUUAAUGAGAAGCUUGACAAGCGCAACUAUAUCGAGGGUAUCAAGCUGCUCGGUGCGUACCUGCAUUACGUUGCCGAGGAGCCCAAGCAGGAGUGA